AUGCACGAAAUCUUCCUUACAGCCCUCAUCGAGGACAAAGACUUUACCUCAGCAUGCGCAGUCCUAGGCGGUCUCACAAACAUGGACCCAUGGGAAUCAAUCCAGCGCGUCCUUUACUUCCAAGGUCCCCAGCGCCCCAUGGGUAUCUCUAACCAGAGCUCUAUAGAAAAGCCUAUCCGUAGUAAUACUGGGUUCCUUUGGAAAGAGCUUCAUCAGAACUUGACCCGACAAUCGUUCAUAUUGCAAACGCGAUAUGAUGUACUCAAAGAUCGCGACAUGGGAGUCAAUGCGCAGCCGAUGGAUCUUGAUGCGACGCAGGGUGUCUUAAGAUGGACGGAUUUUCCUGAUCCGCCGCGUGGACAGCCUUUACUUACGCAGCGGAAGAAGGUUGAGCUUUGGGAUCAGAAGAAGUUACCUUCCAUCAUGCGCGACAACAACCACAUAUUCAAGACGGAAACAAUUGAGGAAGUCUACCGCUUCUACAGAGAUGACAUCGAGUUCUGUCUUACACGCCACUACUUCCUCCAACCUCUAGAACACUAUACCCCCAUGGAAACAAAACAGCAACCAACCAUCCCAAUGGGUAGUCUACCGCCUUGGGAAUCUCUCACACCAGUGGAUCAGCAGAAGCGAUGGUUUCUCCAGGUCAAGGCACAUGUCGUCCAGGAUAACAAACCGGACGAGAUUCGCAAGGCCCAGGAUCAACUACUAGCUGUUCGAAGAGAACUCGAUGGAGUGUUUGAAUUCCGGGGGAUUGAUCGCAAAGUUCAUGAUACCAGGGUUAUGCAACAGAUGCAGGGGGUUCAGCAGUUGCCGCAAAAGGUUACGGUUGGGAAGUAG